ACACAUGCGUACCGUUCUUUUAAACGCUAAUGUCCUUCCGACGACUGAAAAUUCGACCGGCCAAGAAACCCGCCACUGUCGAUCGUGCACAAGAAUUCGACGAUGGAUUCCAACUACUAAGUCAAGCGAUUACAGAGAUCUUUCGCAAGAACGCAAAGAGUUUAUCAUACGAGGUGUUAUAUCGCACGACGUAUAACCUGACGCUACGGCAGUUUGGCGAACGACUGUAUCAUGGAGUAAAGGAGGUUGUGGCUAACUACUUGGAGGACACUGCCGAAGAAGCUAUCGUGCCUGCGUUUGUGAAUACGUCAGGGGAAUCUGCGGGAAGUGGUGCCGACGCUGGUGCCAACCUUUUAAAGACGGUCAAACGUGUCUGGGACGAUUAUACGACGGCCAUGGAUAUGAUUCAAAAAUUCUUGCGUUAUCUGGACGACAAACUGCCCAAAUACAACUUACCACACAUCUUUGACAUGGGCCUUGCGCUAUUUCGCGACAAGGUUGUUCGGUCCGAGAAAUAUCCUAUUCAAUCGCAGCUUAUUUCGGCAAUGUUGACACAAAUCCAACUCGAACGUCAUGGUGAAGUGAUUGACCGAACUGCGGUAAAUUCGGCAGUAGUAAUGCUUUCGGAACUGGUCGAUCCAACUACGCGCGAUAGCGUGUACGUGGUGGAUUUCGAAACAAAGUAUUUAGAGACCAGCACCGCAUUUUAUCAGGUCGAGAGUCAGACUUUGGCAUCGUCGUACGACGCACCUGAGUUCAUGCGAAAGGUGGAACGACGAUUGGAGGAAGAAUACGAACGUACAACAAGAUGCUUGAGUCUGACAACUGAACCCAAGAUUCGACAUAUCGUAGAGACGCAAUUGAUAGCUAAUAAUUUAAAAACGGUGAUGGAGAUGCAGCAUUCGGGCUUGGAUAGCAUGUUGAGUGCCGAUAAAUACGGGGAUCUAUCACGGAUGUACAAGUUAUUCUCACGCGUCCCAGCGGGUCUGAACGAAAUGAGAACGGCGAUCAAAAAUCACAUAAUGCAACUGGGUGCAGAAAUCAACAAAACCAUCAAUGCAGAUCUGGCUGCGAGCGGCUCCAAAUCAACAUUGGCGGCACGAACGCCGGCGGAGAAAGCAAAUGCAGGGAGUGGCGCACAGACGGCAAUUCGUUGGGUUGAACAAGUGCUGGCACUUCAAGAAAAGUUUGACCGGAUUUUAGAGCUGGCUGCUAAUAAGGACAAGUCAUUUCAAACUGCAUUUAAUGAGGCAUUUGAAAGUUUCAUCAACGAGAACCCCAAAUCAGCCGAAUUCAUUUCGCUGUUCAUCGAUGAAAAUCUCAAAAAGGGACUCAAGGGUAAAUCAGAGGAUGAAGUGGAUAACGUGCUGGACAAGACGAUCACAUUGUUCCGAUUCUUGUGCGACAAGGACGUAUUUGAGCGUUACUACAAACAGCACCUGGCCAAACGACUCUUGUUCAACCGCAGCGUUUCAGAUGAUGCAGAGCGUGGCAUGCUUGGAAAACUAAAGCGAGAAUGUGGCUAUCAGUUCACGAACAAGCUCGAAGGCAUGUUCAACGAUAUGAGAUUGUCUGCUGAAAUGAGUGGCCAGUUUAAGGAAUAUGCGGAGCAAGCUAUUACAAAUAAACCGACCAUGGAUGUCUCAGUUAUAGUACUCACAUCAACCUUUUGGCCAAUGAAUCUCUCUUCAUCACCCAAGUGCACGCUAGCCCAAGAAGCAUUGCAAGCAUGCAAGGUUUUCGAACAAUUCUACUUUGGUCGCCAUAGUGGUCGACGGUUGACUUGGCAACCGCAAAUGGGCACUGCUGAUAUCCGAGCAAACUUUAAAAAGAGUAAACAUAUGCUGAAUGUAUCCACAUAUGCCAUGUUGGUCCUUCUUCUUUACAAUGAUUUGAAAGAGGGUGAUUUCUUGAGCUUUGAGGACAUACAAGCACAAACACAAAUCCCCGACAACGACCUAAAACGCACACUACAAUCCUUGGCAUGCGCCAAAUACAAGAUCCUUACCAAGGAAAACAAGGGCAGAGCCAUCCUAUCCAAUGACAAAUUCUACUUUAACCAGGACUUUACGGCCAACCUGGCGAGAAUCAAAAUCCAGACGGUUGCCAACCGGGUCGAAUCGGAAGGCGAGCGGCGGCAGACACAAGACAAGGUGGAUGAGGAACGCAAACAUCAGAUUGAAGCUGCGAUUGUGCGUAUCAUGAAAGACCGUAAAACCAUGGAACACAACCUGCUGAUUGCUGAGGUUUCCAAACAACUCAGUGCUCGAUUUAUGCCCAAUCCAGUCAUGAUCAAAAAACGUGUCGAGGCUCUAAUAGAUCGUGAAUAUCUCGAGCGAAGCUCAGAAGACAGACGUGCCUAUCGUUAUUUGGCUUAGAAAAAAUACCCCCCCCCCCCAACCUUCAAACCCUACAGAAACAUCAUCUUUUGCCAACGAACUUAAUAUAACAAAAACUGUUUGUUUCCUCCUAGGUUUCUGCUUUUGACCAAAAGUCACCGUAUUAGUAAAUAAACUGUUGUUGACGGUGACAAUAGCUCUUACAGUGAAAGUCUAACUCGAUGUCAGCCUUAAUUGAGUAUACAAAGUCAG